GUACGACAUAGCAAUUCAAGCAAGAAGGAUAUUACCAUAUAUGUUACUUCGUUGUGGUUCUAGAGCGUUUAUUUUCCGUAUUAAUAAUCGCGUACAGAUUCAAUUCAAAGUGAAGUGGCCAGUGUAGAAGCUGUAAAGGCAGUGUAAAAUUAUACCAGGUGUACCAUGUGAUACGGAGAAAUAUUAAUGAAUUUCGUGCUCCAUAUGAAUCCACUUGCCAAUAGACUUCAUGAUUAUACACAGAUGUUCAAGAAUGUUGCACCACUUCGAGAUUGUUCUAGUACGAGAAUUAAUGGAAAAUUGAAAUGAACAGAAUAGUUUUCAGGUGGUACAAUAGAAUUCAUGGGAUAGAAAGAGCCAUUAUUUUGUCAGUUCUCAGAAUUUCGAGUGUUGGAUUGCGCAAUACUAUCUCAGGUUACCAUAGCUUUUGGAAUAACGCGACGCCGACGGCUUCCGGGAAGUGACCUCAGCGACCUGUAGUUGUUCCUAAAGGCGGAAUACUACACUUGGAUAUACCGAUUGCAAUCUGGAUAUAUAGCUGCUCUGAAGAAACAUCAUCAUGGACCGAGUUUUUAUCGAUGAAGAAACUGGAGAAAUCCUUGCUUACCAACAGGAGGCUCCGGUUGUCUCUGCUGUAAAUGACGCUGAGACUGGAGAACCGGAAGUCACGGUAGAAAUUGGACAAGGUCCACGAAGGACGCGUUUUCAGAUCCCACGUAAAGUAAAGGAGGAACUGUCAUUAAAAGAGAAUGCUGAGAAGAGUAAUGGCUUUAUGGAAAUAGAACCUGUACCUGUUGGCGCUUCGUUCGGUCAGAUCAAUCCCAUAUUUCUUUUUCUGCCGGCCAUUAUUUACUUUCAAUGGUUUACAAGUAUUCUUAUAAUUUGUGAAGUUAUACUUCAUGUAUGGGCUCAUCAUAAAAAUAAGACACUCAACCACGCCAGCGUUUACUUUCGUUCACCUUUUCACGAUAUGUCUGCUGAAUUUUGUACUUUGUGCCAAAAUGAAAAAUGCAUGAAUCGCGUGGGAAUACUGCAGGAAAUGCGCAUGAACAAGUUUCUUAAACAAUGUAAUUACAUGAAAAGAGUCGUUACAUGAUCGGAUUAUUUGCAUCUGAUUCAUUUGAUUGAAGCUGAUGAGCUGAUCUCUCCUUGACUUGAGAGACGAUUCGUUUUUAUGAUCGUUAUGAUAAUCGCAGAAUGAUAGUUUAAUGUGGAAUUGUUUUUGUGGGAUAAGAAAAGUGUAUAGAAUUUUGAACGGCGAUCAAGGUAUAAUAAGGCAAAGAAAAUCAUAAUUGACUGUGUACAUAAUUUGUUUUGAUAGAAACAUGGUGGAUUUAUUGAAAUGCAAUUAUAUUAAAUAUCUCUGAUGGUAUUAAAAGUAGAAAGAGUUCAUGUUUUUAAAAUUAUGCUAUAUAAAGCCCUCACUGGAAUCAGCUUCUUUGAUUUUUAAAUGUUGCUUCUUGAUAUAUGCAUUGUAUGUUUUUCAAAUCGUUUAACAGUAAGAAAAUAAUGAAGAUAAUGUAUGAAACGUAUGCAACCGUACCGUAACUUAGUUAUUGUCAAUUCGAACGUUGGAUCCAGUUCACAUUAAACGUUGGACCUCUCUACUCUUAGCACUACUAAUUCCAAUGUUCUCCUUUAACAAUAUUAAUUAAUUUAAUGCAGUGUAAUUAGUAUAUAACAUUGAUUUUCCACCAAUAAUAAACGAAUUUCCCUCA